AUGAUAUUCAUGUAUGAAUGGGAGUAUAUUUCACAUUCAAGGAGUGGCGUGACCAAAGUGUCCGAUGGAGAGUGCCCGUGUAUUUGUACCAUGAUAUACCUGCCCGUGUGUGGAGACGACGGGAAUACAUACAGCAACGAAUGCCAAAUGAAGUGUUCGAGUGGCGUGACCAAAGUGUCCGAUGGAGAGUGCCCGCCAACACCGUGUAUUUGUCCCAGGAUAUAUCUGCCCGUGUGUGGAGACGACGGGAAAACAUAUAGCAACGAAUGUGAAAUGAAUUGUUCGAGUGGCGUGACCAAAGUGUCCGAUGGAGAGUGCCCGUGUAUUUGUACCAUGAUAUACCUGCCCGUGUGUGGAGACGACGGGAAAACAUACAGCAACGAAUGCCAAAUGAAGUGUUCGAGUGGCGUGACCAAAGUGUCCGAUGGAGAGUGCCCGCCAACACCGUGUAUUUGUCCCAGGAUAUAUCUGCCCGUGUGUGGAGACGACGGGAAAACAUAUAGCAACGAAUGUGAAAUGAAUUGUUCGAGUGGCGUGACCAAAGUGUCCGAUGGAGAGUGCCCGUGUAUUUGUACCAUGAUAUACCUGCCCGUGUGUGGAGACGACGGGAAAACAUACAGCAACGAAUGCCAAAUGAAGUGUUCGAGUGGCGUGACCAAAGUGUCCGAUGGAGAGUGCCCGCCAACACCGUGUAUUUGUCCCAGGAUAUAUCUGCCCGUGUGUGGAGACGACGGGAAAACAUAUAGCAACGAAUGUGAAAUGAAUUGUUCGAGUGGCGUGACCAAAGUGUCCGAUGGAGAGUGCCCGUGUAUUUGUACCAUGAUAUACCUGCCCGUGUGUGGAGACGACGGGAAAACAUACAGCAACGAAUGCCAAAUGAAGUGUUCGAGUGGCGUGACCAAAGUGUCCGAUGGAGAGUGCCCGCCAACACCGUGUAUUUGUCCCAGGAUAUAUCUGCCCGUGUGUGGAGACGACGGGAAAACAUAUAGCAACGAAUGUGAAAUGAAUUGUUCGAGUGGCGUGACCAAAGUGUCCGAUGGAGAGUGCCCGUGUAUUUGUACCAUGAUAUACCUGCCCGUGUGUGGAGACGACGGGAAAACAUACAGCAACGAAUGCCAAAUGAAGUGUUCGAGUGGCGUGACCAAAGUGUCCGAUGGAGAGUGCCCGCCAACACCGUGUAUUUGUCCCAGGAUAUAUCUGCCCGUGUGUGGAGACGACGGGAAAACAUAUAGCAACGAAUGUGAAAUGAAUUGUUCGAGUGGCGUGACCAAAGUGUCCGAUGGAGAGUGCCCGCCAACACCGUGUAUUUGUCCCAGGAUAUAUCUGCCCGUGUGUGGAGACGACGGGAAAACAUAUAGCAACGAAUGUGAAAUGAAUUGUUCGAGUGGCGUGACCAAAGUGUCCGAUGGAGAGUGCCCGUGUAUUUGUACCAUGAUAUACCUGCCCGUGUGUGGAGACGACGGGAAAACAUACAGCAACGAAUGCCAAAUGAAGUGUUCGAGUGGCGUGACCAAAGUGUCCGAUGGAGAGUGCCCGCCAACACCGUGUAUUUGUCCCAGGAUAUAUCUGCCCGUGUGUGGAGACGACGGGAAAACAUAUAGCAACGAAUGUGAAAUGAAUUGUUCGAGUGGCGUGACCAAAGUGUCCGAUGGAGAGUGCCCGUGUAUUUGUACCAUGAUAUACCUGCCCGUGUGUGGAGACGACGGGAAAACAUACAGCAACGAAUGCCAAAUGAAGUGUUCGAGUGGCGUGACCAAAGUGUCCGAUGGAGAGUGCCCGCCAACACCGUGUAUUUGUCCCAGGAUAUAUCUGCCCGUGUGUGGAGACGACGGGAAAACAUAUAGCAACGAAUGUGAAAUGAAUUGUUCGAGUGGCGUGACCAAAGUGUCCGAUGGAGAGUGCCCGCCAACACCGUGUAUUUGUCCCAGGAUAUAUCUGCCCGUGUGUGGAGACGACGGGAAAACAUAUAGCAACGAAUGUGAAAUGAAUUGUUCGAGUGGCGUGACCAAAGUGUCCGAUGGAGAGUGCCCGUGUAUUUGUACCAUGAUAUACCUGCCCGUGUGUGGAGACGACGGGAAAACAUACAGCAACGAAUGCCAAAUGAAGUGUUCGAGUGGCGUGACCAAAGUGUCCGAUGGAGAGUGCCCGCCAACACCGUGUAUUUGUCCCAGGAUAUAUCUGCCCGUGUGUGGAGACGACGGGAAAACAUAUAGCAACGAAUGUGAAAUGAAUUGUUCGUAA